GUUCUCAAACAUAAAAUUGAUGGAAUACGGAGAAUCACGGCUCAUCCAUUACUUCCUUUAUAUUUGACUGGCGGUCACGAUGGAUCCGUGCACCUAUGGGAGUGGGGCCAUCAACAGCCCGUAGCGGUUCCCAGACCUCCAGGCACUUAUGCCAAGGUGACACGAGUCAGGUUUUCGCAGCACGGCAAUAAAUUCGGUGUCGCUGAUUCUGAUGGAAAUCUGAGUUUGUUCCAAGUUGGUCUCAGUGCCAACGCUACUCGUCCUUUCUUUACUCUACAAUGUCACAACAAGGGAAUCAGUGAUUUCGUUUUCUUGGGAUCCUGCAGUCUAUUAGCUACUGCCGGCCACAGCUCCGAAAGUAAAAACGUCUGCAUCUGGGACUCCAUCCUCCCACACGGAAAGGCCCUGGUGAUGGCGUUCACCUGCCACGAUCAGGGGGCAAGCAGCCUCGUGUUCGCUCCGCAACAUCAAGUGCUCAUUUCGGCUGGCAAGAAAGGCGACGUCUGCCUGAUCGAUGUCAGAUCAAAGAACAUCAGGCACAAGUUCACGGCGCACGAGAAUGCUGUCAAGUGUAUUGCGAUCGAUCCCCACGAGGACUAUUUCGCUACGGGAUCCGCCGACGGUGACAUCAAGAUUUGGGGAGUUGCAGUACCAAACGUCCUAUUGUCUCUUCCUGCUGAGCAUGCCAGAAGCAGUUUCUUCAAGAACAUUGGCCAAGGAGUAACGCAGUUGUAUGUCGAUUCCCAUUCUCGCCUCUUCUCUUGUGGCGCCGAUGGAAGUAUGAAAGUGAGACAGCUACCAGAUAGGGAAACCUUGCUGGGUCACAAUCACUAUUAGAUCAAGUUUCAAAAAGUUUUCUAGUCUAGCCAGUUUUCAUCUUGUCUCAAUUUAUUCAUGGUUCAGGGCAGAGUGAUUUCUGUUUGAUCAUACUUGUAAGUGAGGUUGUAAAAAACUUUCAGAGAAUGUAUUAUUUCAGCAAAUGAUGGGAGAGAAUGAACGGGGAGAAUUAAAAAAAUAGCUCUUGAAUUUGAAAGAGUAAU